AUCGAGACGAAAUGCUAUUGAAGUAACUAGAUUGUAUAAAGGUUUGCUUUUCAUUGAUCACUCUGGGCUUAAUGGUUUUCAAUCAUCCAUAACCUUCAAUCAACAAUAUCUAUCUAGAUUUGGAGAUUUUUUGGUUAAUUAGUUAAUUGGUCAACGAUUAGUUACUUGAUUCCACAUCAAUCAAUCUUCAAGUCUUGAACUUCACAUUAUCAGGUUCUCAUUGAAUUUCAUCCCAUUAUUACCAAGUGAAUAGUCACUCAAUCGUCUUCAAUUCAAUUACAUCUCAAGACAAAUCACAAAGGAUACCAUUUAACAGUUGGUCAUCUAACAACCAGAUGAGCGAACACUUUAAACGGAAUGCCAUUCUUUCGAUUAUAAGCCAAUCUCAAUCAAUUAGGAAUCAAAACGGCCCAUUAUCAUGCUACUUAUUCAUGGUAUCCAUGGUGAUUAAGAGAGUUGAAAACAAGCAAAAAAUAAAACAAGUCUCGACAUGAUAAACAAAAUUUGCUUUGGAAACCUGAAAUGUAAAUGGUUUCACCAUUGAAAUGGAUUUAAUAUGAGACCAUUAAAGUGCUCAUUACUGGUAUAUUAGAUGAUUGGUGAACAAAAAGUAGACGAAACUCAAAAUCAAAAUGUUAUCAAAUCAAGUGAAAGCAGUGCAAAAUCAAGAAAAUCUUCAUCUACAUCUUUACCAUCAACAGCACCAACCUACUCAGGUACACCUACAACCUCUAAAUCAUCGUCUUCUACCUCAUCAAGAGCAAAAUCUGCAUCUUCAUCAUCUUCCUCCUCUUCAUCUGGAUCUUACAAAAUUCACAAGAUUGAGGCUACAAAAGCAAGAUCAAGAAACUUCAUAUUUGGAGCGAUUGGACAUGAAGGUUCACUUUUAGGAGAAGAUGAAUUGAAGAAUGUUUUACCUCGAGGAAUCGUUUCGGUACAUUUGGUUACAUGGAACAUGGGAAAUCGAAGUGGACCUGAUAAUUGGAAUGAAAUUCUAUUGCCAUCUGGGAAUGACUAUUUGGCUGAAAUAUACGCCAUUGGAACACAGGAAACGCCUUCUACUAGUUUUAGCUCCAAUGGAUCAAAUGGAAAUCGUGAUUUAACUGUUAAUUUACAGUCAACUCUGGGUCCAUCUCAUGUGCUGCUUCACUCUGUUUCUCUCGGUGUUUUGUCUCUCUUUAUAUUCAUCCGGCGAGAACUCAUUUGGUACGUUUCCAUUCCUGAAGAUUGUGUCUUCAACUCUCGACCCAAAGCAACCAACAUGGUCAAGACUAAAGGUGCUCUGGCCAUUAGUUUUACUCUUUUUGGAACCAGCAUGUUGUUUCUCAACUGCCACUUGCCUGCUCACGCCAAUCGCAAUCAAGAUCGUCUCGAUGAUUAUGUUAAAAUUUGUCGAUCCAUUGAUCUACCUCGUAAUCUUCGACCUCUUAAGCCUUCCUAUCAAUCAACCGAUGUUACCUCUCGCUUUGAUGUCGUCUUUUGGUUUGGUGACCUCAACUUUCGCAUCGAACAGAAAUACACAGAUGCAUUGAGAAUGCUAACCAAAGCCAGUUUAACAUCAUUUGAACUUCUUCUUAAUGAGGAUCAACUUCGAAAAGCACUGAACAAAGGUGACAUUUUCCAUGGAUUUAAUGAAGCUUCAACCAUUGAUUUUGCUCCAACCUACAAGUAUCGGAUUGGCUCGGAUGGCUUUGAUCUGCUCAGUGAGCGAGUUCCUUCCUACACUGACAGAAUUUUGUAUCGGUCGAAAAGAAAGGAUCAAGUUGAUUGUCUUACCUAUGAUUGUGUUACAUCAAUUAAAACAUCAGAUCACAGGCCUGUCUAUGCAUUAAUGGAGAUUAAGGUUAAACCAGGUCGAGAUGAUGCUCCAUUGAAUGCAGGUUUAUUCAACAGAGAGAUUUACUUGGAAGGAUUAAAGAAGCGAGGUUCAGAGCAUCCGAUUGUUGAACAUUAUCGACAAUCAGUUGAUGAACCAGAUGAUAAACCUGUUGAUGAUGAUUCCGAUAAAUAUGAUUCUCUAAUUAAAGAUAUUCCAAGUGCAGUCUGUUUGCUAAUGUAACCAACUUGCAACACUUUUAAUCAUUGAAUGUACAACUUGCAGCCCUUUAUUUACCAACAUUUAAAUGACUCCAACAAUUGCAAGAAACUCAUUCAAAUUGGCAUUAUUUUCCAUUCUGGUUUCCCUUUUUGUUCUCUCCUUGUUUUACCAUGAACAAAAAUUCAUAUAACAUGUUUCUACUUCUUUUUUUAAUUCAACUACCUCAAGGCGAUGAUAAGAAAAAAACCUCUUUUUUUGUAUCAAAUUUCAUUUUAUUUACUCACAUAUUCUGAAUCUGUUUCCACAUCUUUCACCAUGUUAGAUCUAUAACUCAAUUUACUUGAUAAUACAUUAUGAUGAACCCAAUAAUAAUCAUAAUAAAGUUGUCUUGUUGGUUUUACCGGUGAACAAUAAAAAUGUAAAAAAAAGAAGUUUAUACAAAAUCAAUUUGAUAUUAAUAUUAAUUUCAUUUGGAAAAAUGAAAAAUUUUCUUCCCUUCGAUCCAGAACUUUUUGGCUUUUUGUGUGGUAAAUGAUGAUUAUCACAGGGAGAAGAAUGAUAAUGAGGAGAAAGAAGUGAUUCAGCAAAUGAAUUAAACAAAAGGUAAAAAGAAAUUAUCCGAUUUCAUUUGAUUAUCAAAGCG